GUAAGCGGCGUAAGCGCUCGAGGUGUGCAGCUGGGCGCGUUGGUGAUGGCGGGCGCGGAGGCAGCGCUGCUGGCAAACGACGCCUGCGGCGCGCCGGUGCCGUGGCUCGUCGCAGCGCCCUGGCUGUACUUCGACGGCAAGCUGCUGCAGCGCUACCUGCAGCGCGCCAGCCACUGCAAGCACCUGGCGCAGCUCUGCGACAACCACCUCGACACCGUCGUCAAGGUGGAGCGCAUGCGCAAAGCGAUCCUGGAGGGUCUGGAGGUGGAGUUUGCGAUGCCGCCUCUGCCCUUGGUGGCGUCUCUGGGCUGGGCGCGUAGUGCGCCGGCGCAGCAGAGUCCUCGCGGCGCCAGGCUCGAGAUCGCGGGUGUCGUCGUGGGGCAGUGGGGCCCGGGAUCUUACCCCGCGCGCACCAGCCGAUACCCUCAGCAGCAAGUGAGCUACGUGGGGUACACCCCGCCACCGCGUAACGCGUACGGGGGCCGCGGUGCGUGGCGCGGCGCGCGGGCGAGGGGCCGCGGCCGCGGCGCGCGCGGGGCCUCGCGGGGGGCCAGGAGGCCCACGCGGCGCGAGCACGACGAGCCCGCCAAGCCUGCCACGCUCUCCAUUAACGG